AUGAUCGUGAUUAAAUAUAGAUUUCGACAUAUUCCGUCAUAUGGUAAUGGAGUCAUUCGCAAAUUUGCGAAUAAUACUUCAGAAAUGAAAAAACUCGCAGCACGGGACUUCGAGGACAUUUUACAGUGUGCUAUGCCUGUCUUUGAAGGGCUGUUCCCAGAAGAUCACAAUAAAAUUGUACAGUCACUUUUGUACAGGUUUGCACAAUGGCACGCCCUCACCAAACUAAGGAUACAUUCCGAAACUACCUUGUCAGUUUUGGAUUCAAUGUUCAUGAGACUCGCUUGUCAGUUGUGCCACUUCCGAGAUUUCACCUGCGCUGUUUUCACCACAGUUGAAUUACCAAAGGAAAAAGCUGCUCAUGAACAUAAGGCUGCAUGUCAAGGAUUGGAUUCCAACAAUCGAGAUCCAUCAAGUGGCAGUCAAAAGGUCAAGAAAUUCAAUAUGAAUACUUACAAAUAUCACGCCAUGGGGGAUUAUCUGCAAUCAAUCUGGCUCUUUGGAACAAUAGACUCAUUUACUUUGCAAAUCGUAUGUGACUCUUUGAAUGUCUUCCGAUCUCAAUUUGAUUUUCAACUAGGGAGAACUGGCACAUAG